AGUAAGUAAAACUGUUUUUAAAGAUUUUAAAUUCAUAAAAUAAUAAUCUGAUCUUUCAGGUUAUAUUAUUAAUAUUACGAUUUUUCCAUUUUAGAUUUAGAUAUUUUGGUAUAACAGUUACAAGAUUUUACCUUGUCUAAAUUUAAAUAAGCCAAGUAAAGUAUUACUAAAAUAUAAACUAUUUGUGGGUGAUACAUUAAUAUCUAAAUAUGAAGAAUUAUUGUUAUAAUACCUAGGCUUUAGUAAUAAAAAUGUAAUUAAUCUAUUUAAGGUAACCUAUUAAGUCGAUAAGUAUGCAAGUCGUAUGCCUAUCCCCAAAUACAAAUUCCAUAGCUAAUUUAAUAAAAGGCUCCUAAUAGGUAUUAUAUUGUUUCGUAGCAUACUCGUUCGUAGCCAAUUUUUGAUUCGGCUUUAUAAGUUUACAGCCUAUAAUGGUUACAUGAACAGGUAUCGCCGUAUAGCUGGGAACUUAAAAGGUACCUUUUUUUUUUAAUAUACAUAUAUAUAAUAUACCUAGGUACAUAUAUCAUUGUUUAGAAAAAGGCUUAUAUUUUUUGGGGGUGUGUGAAGUAAUGAAUACGCCUCUGUUUAUAGGUGAUUUUACUCUAAGAUGAGUCGUUAUAAAAAAUUGUUUGGUGAAAGACUUUGUCAAUGUUGCGAUUGAGUCAGAGAGAAAACAUUAUUGCGACGUCCUCUAUAAAUAUUAUAUCGUAAUAUGGAUUCCGAAAAUAUGUUUUGCAGUAAUUGACUGCUAUAGGUACUUCAAAAUCUAAAUGUCAAAAUAUUGGAUCUUUGUACAAAUCGAGUCUGACAUUCUUUUAAAAACAAUAUGCAACACUAGAUAUUUGUUCAAAAUAAUAUGUAGAUUCACUUUUGUGAUGAAAGGAAUAUAGGUACUACUAUUCUGACUGCGGUAACAAAUAUUUAAUUUAUUAAGUCAUUGGGUAUAAUUGUUUAAAAAUUUAAAGGCAAUCCUAAAAUUUCAGUCAACAAACCAUGUACCUACCUGCAGAUUUAGGCUAAUUUGUAAUAACGACAAAUAGUUAUCGAUAGCCGAUAUUAAAAUUAUAUCCAAUAUUCGUGAACCAUUGUCACAUACAAUCACAUUUUAUACUUAUUUUUUAUUUAAUAAUAUUCCGAAACAGAUUAUUAUUCGGUGUACUUAUCAUUGUAUAAAAACUAAUUUUAGACGAUUAGCUUACGAGAUAAUAGAUAUUAUAAUAUAAAUAUUUAAAGAUUACAAGUGGUGUGUGGCGUGGAGAGGUGGCUCUACCAACUACGAGGGGUACCUACAGCAAAAUAUAUUUUUUUUUUUAAACAGUGUUGUUGUUUUUUAACGUCUUAAAAUAAAACAUGUAAAUACUACAAAAUUAAAAAGCGCGAUUAGCACCAAGUAACAAUAGAACAUCGUCCGUCCAUCGACGAUUUCUCAUUUGUGUAAUAACGUUUUAACCGAGUUGAUCAACUUAUUUCGGACACGUUUUUUUACUCAUUUCCUAACUAUUGACCAUUUCAUUCUUAUACAAUAAUUUACAUUGGAAUUUAUAUGAUGGAAUUCGUCACAAUUGAAGGAUUCAGGACAAAUAGUAAAAUUUUCCACUGCAACAAUGGAUAUUUCUACAAACUUAAAUGUUCUAGGCCCAAUUCAAAAUCGCUACAAUGCUUAACAACAGACUGUACUGCUACUGGUCUCAUUGUGGACAAUUUAUUGUAUGAAAAGCAUACCCAUACACAUGAUCCUGACAUGGGUUACUUGGCACUGGUAAAUCUGAAAAAAAAUAUUUUACGAAGGUGUGCAGAAGAAUGUACCCCACAUAGGAUAAUUUAUGAAGAAGAGACAUCUAGAACACAAGGCUUGGAAGAUCGUUUGGAGUACACUUCAUUUUUAAGAAUUAUGGAGACGGCAAGAGCUGCAGCUCAACCGAAAAUUCCAAAUGAUCUAAUGGAGUAUGCAGGUGAUUUGGUAGAUCCUCGCUACAGUCACCUGUUUAGAACGGCUAACGGACGAGCAAUGUUCAAAGGAUUUGUAAUGGGUGCUCCUGAUGCCGGAUCAGCAGUCGUAUUCAUCUCUCCAUCUCUAGAAAAGCAUUUCCAGUUGCAUAUGCUCUUAUGACGCGAAAACUGAAGCGGCAUACACCAGUGUGCUACAACACAUUAGGACUUGUGUUCCCGGUAUUAGUGCCACAAACAUUGUAACAGAUUAUGAGGUAGGGUUGAGUAAUGCAUUGACCAAUGUUUUUCCAGGAGCCAGUUUACAGAAAUGCUGGUUUCACAUGGCUCAAGUAAGAUUU